AUGCACAAGAGAAUCCACUCAGGAGAGAGACCCUAUGCCUGCGCUGAGUGCGGGAAGUGCUUUAUGUAUUCGUCCACCCUUAACAGACACCAGAGAAUCCACUCAGAAAAGCGGCCCCAUUGCUGUAACCAGUGUGGGAAAGGCUUCAAACUUACAUCAAGUCUUACUAGACACCUGAGAAUCCACAGUGGAGAGAGACCCUUCCUGUGCCACGAGUGUGGGAAAAGAUUCAACCUGCAAGAACAUCUCAUUAGACACCAGACAAUACACACUGGGGAGCGACCCCAUCGCUGCGCUGAGUGCGGGAAAAGUUUCAGUCUCCUUCAAAGUCUCCGGAGACACCAGAGAAUCCACAGUGGGGGGAUCCCUCAUCACUGCGCCGAGUGCGGGAAAACAUUCAGUUGUCUAGAAAAUCUCACUAGACACCAGAGAGUCCACACGGGGGAGAAACUGCAUCGCUGCACUGACUGUGGGAAAGGCUUUGUCCGGCUACAUCAUCUCACUAGCCACCAGAGGAUCCACACUGGGGAGAGACCCCAUUGCUGCACUGAGUGCGGGAAAAGAUUCACCCAGUUGUCAGGCCUCACCACCCACCUGAGAAUCCACACGGGAGAGCGACCCUAUCCCUGCACUCAGUGUGAGAAGCGCUUUGCUCACUCGUUGUCUCUUGCGAAACACCAGAGAACCCAUGGGGCGGGGACUCCUGACCCUUGA